AUUAAAUACUAAAAAUAGCGCAUGCAAAAGAGUGAGGGGUGUGAUGAAAUUUAUGAAUGGACACUAACAGAGAGUGACACAUUCAUUCUCCAACUAAACCAAACAAUGAACUACACUCGCAGCAAACAUCCCAUUUGUUCCGGUGACGUCCCUUCCGCCACUUCUCCGGUCAAUUUCCGCCGCUCCACCCCCAAAAUUCAUCUCUCCGCCAGGAAGCUCGCGACGCGUUUAUGGCACUUCCGCUUCUUCCACCGUUGCUCUUCUCACAAGCUUCAAUCCUCUCCACCACCACCACCACCACGUGUCAAGCGCACAGAGGAAGAGGCCGCACAAGGUGAUAGCAGGAAGCUUCUCAGAGACGCCAAGUUAAACGGUGGCUCUGUUGUCUCUGUUCUUCUGUCAGAGCUACUUCGGGCUCAAACCUGCAUUAACAACCUCAAAUCAGAACGCAAAUCGUGUAAGAAAAAGCUGGAGGAGGAAAAGUUCCUCUGGAAGCGUCGGGAACUGAAGAAGAACGAAGCAAUGUUGGAGGACUUAAGGGAUAAGUUAGCCAGGGAAAGGAGAAGCAAAGAGAGGAUGGAAUCGCUUAACGCCAAAUUGGUACAUGAGUUGGCCGAAGCAAAACUAUAUGCCGAGCAAUUUAUGAUUAACUACAAAGAAGAAAGGAGAAAAAGAGAGAUAAUAGAGGAAGUGUGCAACGAAUUGGCGAUGCAAAUAGGAGAAGACAGAGCCAAGCUGGAGGGGAUUCGUGAGGAGAUGGAGGAAGAGAGAAAGAUGUUUCAUAUGGCAGAGAUGUGGAGAGAGGAGAGCAUUCAGAUGAAGCUGCUUGAUGCCAAACUUGCCCUGGAAGAUAAGUAUACCCAGAUGAUCCACUUGAUUGCGCAUCUGCAAAGUUUCUUGAGGUCAAGAGGUCAUGAACUGGGUGCACCUGAAUCGCCCAAUGUUGAACUUUCAUGUGAUUUAACAAACUCAAAUCAUGUUCUCCACACUUUGAACGAGAUCAAAGUUAAAGAGAGGGUGAUUGGAGUUGAACCCUGCUUCCUCACCACUCUUACUGCUCCCUCUUCCACCGUCCACAUUGUUAGUCUUGACGAAGAUCAUUGCCUCGACAAUAAUCUUCACAAUGUUGACCAAAACGUGAAUGGAUCAGUGAGUGAAGCAGAAUGUUGUGAAAAUUCACAGGAUGGUUGUUGCAAACACUCUGACUCUGAAGAUCCUACUCUUGGUGAGUGUGAAGGCAGACUUGCAACACGUUCUGUGAAGAACCGUGGGUUCAGGCAAUGGGAAAUAUUGGGACCACGAAAUUUUGCAGACUCGAUGAAUCCACACAUCACUCGUGGGAUGAAAGGGUGCAUAGAAUGGCCACGAGGCAUGCCCAAAAUCAAUUCCAGGAUAAUUCCUGUGGAAGAAAGAGUGCGAAAGGAGAAAUCUCAGUUGCAACAUCUACGUAAGCCACUUGCUUAAGACCGUGUUUGAAAGAGAACAAGUAUACAGACAGAUUUGAAUAAAACUCCAUUAAUUUAAUUUUGUCUAAGGUGGUUUGUGGACAAAAUCUGCAGAAGAAACACCACCUCAUCACAGAUUUUAUCUUAUAUUGUCGAAAAUAGCGUUGUGUUAUUCAUGAAUUAUUAUAAGUGUAUGUUGAAUCUGUUGUAGAGAGCAAACCAUUUUGAUAGCAAGAAGUACUGUUAUUCCAUGAUA